AUGGAGAUGGAGCGCGAGAGGAGCAAGGAGCAGAGGCGCGAGGCGGAGCUCGCCCUCGUCGCGUCCGGUGCGAGCCGGAGCGGCGGGGGCAAUGGGGGGGCAUCCGGGGGACAAGGAGCAGCCGGCGGUCAAGACCGUGAAAUCCGAGAUGGCGAGAGAAACCGUGACGUGUGCGUCGAAGAUCCCACCGGUUUUUGCCGCUACCACCAGUCCGAACUGCGCACGAACGGGCAAUGCCGUUACCAGCAGCAUCUGCGGCGGGCGCGCACGACAGCAGCCGCCAAGGAUCGCCGCGGGGGUGGCGGCGGAGGCCGUGGCGGCGGCUGGAGCCAGCGAGGAGGAAGACCGCCGUCGGGAGCCGGCCGGGGUGGCGGGCGCUGGGCGUACGUAGUGUACUACGCUCACGACGACGGCGGCUACCACGAGGAUCACGGCGUCUACGACGACGGCUACUACAACGACGAUGGCUACCACGACUCGGGGUACGCCCACUACGUCGAAUCGGGCACCGGAGACAGCUACAGCUACUCUGAGGGGUAUGAAGACAGCCGUACGUCUGACGGCGGCAUCCACUACGUCUACUACCCUCGUGCCGGCGAAGAUUCGUCCUCAAUGUACUACGCUCACGACGACGGCGGCUACCACGAGGAUCACGGCGUCUACGACGACGGCUACUACAACGACGAUGGCUACCACGACUCGGGGUACGCCCACUACGUCGAAUCGGGCACCGGAGACAGCUACAGCUACUCUGAGGGGUAUGAAGACAGCCGUACGUCUGACGGCGGCAUCCACUACGUCUACUACCCUCGUGCCGGCGAAGAUUCGUCCUCAAGUUUGACGAUUGGAGUGGAGUCUGUUUCGAGUGCUUCGUCUUUGCUGAGUGUUGAGUCGAGUGAAGGGCCGCCUGGUAGCGAGAAGUGGGUAGCAGAUUCUGGAGCAAGCAGCAGCUUCACCAACAGCGACUUGCACAUGUACGACUUGCAGGAGAUCCCCUCGAAUAGGCAGUAUGUCAUUGUAGGAGAUGGUCGUCUGCUGAAGAGGGGCAUCACUCUCACGGGAACGUUGGAACCAUGCUCGGACUGCAUGAAGGCGAAGGGCAUGAGGGCGUCGGUGCCGAAGGGGCCGGGAGCGCGGGCAUCGAAGCCACUCGGGCGUGUUCACCUGGACCUGUGUGGACCGUUGGCGCUUUCCCUGGGCGGCAACCUCUACCUGUUCGUCGCCGUGGACAGCGCCUCGCGGUGGAACAAGGUCUACGGUCUCCGGCGGAAGUCCGACGCGCUGGCGGCUACGAAAAGGCUGCUGGCGGACGUGGGGCGGUACGACCUCGGACGAAUCGAAUGUUUCCGCGUCGACAACGGCACAGAGUGGACCCGCGGCGAUUUCCGGCGCUUCUGCGACGACAACGGCAUCGGCGUCGAGUUCACCCCGCCCGGCGUCCCGCAGUACAACGGCGUCGUCGAGAGCGCCAUCUGGCGGAUCAUGAAGGCCGGCAUGGCCGCCCGCCGCAGCGCUGGCCGUGUGUUCCACGUCGACUUCGCCUCCAUCCCCGGCCUCGACGAGCGUGGUGACCGUCUUUGGAUGGAAUCGGCGAAGUGGGCCGCCGACGCUCUCAACCAGUCGGCGACCAAGGCCAACCCCGGGCGUCGUUCUCCGUACGAGCUUUUCACCGGUCAGCAGGGGCCGUUCCGCGUGCUGCCGUUCUUCCAGCCCGGCUUCAUGCGCGAGGACCGCCGCACCAAGCUCGACGACCAGGCCACGCUCUGUUACUACCUGAACGGCGGCGACAACCACCCGAGCGGCACCGUCAAGGUCCUCAAGGCGUCCACCGGCCGCGUCGUCUACACCAACAACGUGUCGUGGGUGACGUCGGCGCCAGCCGGCGAGGGGGGUUCCGCUGGUAUCACCGCUGCGCCGACACCCCCCCCGUUCACGCCGCCGGUCGUCUCGAUCAACUUUGGCCCAGCACCGACGCCUUCGACCGCCACACCGCCACCGCCAGCGCCCACGCCGUCGCCCGCUCCCGCUCCCGCUGCCUCUUCGACCCCUGCCGCAACGCCGCCGCCAGCGACCACGCCGCCGCCCGCUCCCACGACUUCACAGCCGCCCUCUGCCACUUCGCCGUCACCGUCGGCGACCCCCGCUCCUGGCAAUCCGUCCUCUGCCUCUCCGCCGUCACCGUCGGCGACCCCCGAUCCAGACCAGCCGCCGCCGCCGCCGGACCCCGCGAUGCCCCCGCUUACGGCUCACGCCAUGCGGCAGCUUCGCCCGGGUACAAAGGCCGAGGGUAUGACAGACCCGCGGCUGCCAAGCCGUACGAGAUCGGGCACGAGGCACAGCACAGGACUCAUCUCGAUGCUAGACAGGAACACUCUGGUGUCGAUGCUGGAGGCUCGGAGCGCGGUGGAUAAGGAGCGCAGGGAGCUGGGGGGGGCGGAGGCCGGAGAGCCGGGGGGAACGGGGGCCGGAGAGCAGGCGGGAGCACUCGCAGCAGUGGACCCGGGGGCUGCAGGAGCGGGCUUUCCACUCGCAUUUGCCACGCUCCUCGCCAACCGGGAAGACAUCGACGCCACGCUGCGAGACCAGCGCCCGCCGGAGCAACGCCCUGACCUUCCGCAUUGCCAGGCCAGCGACCUUCGUGUCCCCAAGAGCUACAAAGAGGCCAUGGCGUCGGAGCACCGGCACCUUUGGAGCGACUCUAUGCAAAGGGAGUUUUAUGGCUUGUUGGAAGCGGGGACUUUUACUCCGGCGAAGAUGUUGGCUGCUUUGGCGUGCGAGUUGAACCUCGACUUGUGUUAUUUCGAUAUUGAGCAAGCGUUUGUGCGUUCGGAGUUGGAGGAAGACAUGUACAUGCGUUUGCCGCAGGGAUGUGGAGCUCGAUCUGGAAUGAUUGUAAAACUAGGCAAGAGUCUGUAUGGCUUGAGACAGGCAUCUAGGCAGUGGCAUGCAAUGCUGAAGAGGUGUUUGGUGGCGUUAGGUUUUAAGCAGUGCAUGGCCGAUGCUUGUGUGUUUGGUUUGAUUGAGGAUGGAUGUGUUGUUUUGAUUUUGGUAGUACAUGUAGCUGACAUUUUUGCUGUGGGAGAGAGGGAGAGAUGUGACAAGUUUGGCGCCGACCUUAACAAGUCCGUGCCAGUGAAGAACCUAGGAGAGUUGAAACUGUAUUCUGGGUGCUUUUACGAAAGGAACAAGGAGACUGAAUAUGGAGUAGUGGGAGGUAAGAGCGUUCCGAUGUCUUCGGGGGUGAAGCUUUCUGAUUUUGAUGCGGAUGAAGAGGCGACAGACUUUCCGUUUCGUGAGCUAGUAGGAUCUUUGAUGUGGCUGGCGACUCAGACUAGGCCGGACAUUGCGAAUGCAGUAAGGGCAGUAGCUAGAUAUUGCGCGUCUCCGAAGCAGGUGCACUGGGAUGCCGCGAUGGGUAUAAAAGGCUAUGUGAAGAGGACAAGUUACAUGGGUGUUUCAUUUUGGAGAGCAGACCGUAGGUCGGUAUCAGGGGGGAUGGUAACAUGCGGAGGAGGCGUUGUGUCUUGGUUUUCCAGAACGCAGAAGUGCGUUACGCUUUCGACAACAGAAGCAGAGUAUGUCGCGCUUGGCGAUGUAGUGAAGGAGAUUUUGUUUUUGAGGCAGGUUUGGCGAAUAAUGUUGCCGAAGGUCAACAUGCCGUGCAUCCCAGUCUCUGAGGACAACCAGGGGGCGAUUCAACUAGCGCAGAACCCCAUCUCGAACUAAAACUCGAAGCACAUUGAUGUAAGGCACCAUU